AAGUCAAAAGCCCAUCUCAAUAGCCGCCCCAUCCCUUCCUACUUGGUGGACAACUAACGCAAACAGCAGAGGCGCAGAAGCUGAAGGACGAAGCCUACUGCCGAAACCGAAUCGGAAAGAGAGUGCCGACUGCUGAGAACGCCGCCGGUAGAGAGACGCCUCCUCCGCCGACGCCGCCGCAAGACGCCGCUGCACCCUCCAGGGAAUAAUCGUCUCUACGUUGCUUUCUUCUUUCAGGAAUUGCACAUAACAUACAUGGCCGCCAUGGCAGCAGAGAAUGUGAACGAACCCCCAAUCAACGAACAAAUGGUGGCCAACAUAUACGGUUCUCUAAGGUCGGAGAUGAACCAGAUAUAUUCUGAGAUCACGAAAGUGGAGAUGGAAGCCAGUGAGCACACACUUGUGAUGAAUGCCAUUCAACCACUUGAUCCUUCGAGGAGAUGCUACAGGUUGAUAGGAGGGGUUCUUGUGGAGAGAACCGUCAAAGAUGUGUUGCCUGCCGUGCAGCGUAAUAAGCAGGGGCUGGACGAAGUUCUUGCCCGGCUCAAUGAGAUUCUGGAGAAGAAGAAGAAGGAGAUUUCCGAGUUCGAGGCCAAGUACAAGAUAAGGAUCAGAAAAGGGGAGAGCGAAGUGGCCGAGGAGGAGAGUGGCCGGAAAGAGGGGACUGCUCAGGGAGUCCUUGUUGGUCCUGCUGCUGUUAAUGAGUGAUGAGUCAGGAGGUCAGCACUGUCUCAUCUUGUGUACUUAUUUCAACAGUUUUGUGUGUGUGCCAAAAUCAGAUUUUAGCAUGAUAUAUUAGAUGUAUUGUCAUUGGUACCCCUUCCAUUCCCCACCCCAUGAUGUUUAUUUGUCAUGCCAAUUAAUUUGAAGAUGGGUUGUGUUUGGGGGACGCCACUUUGCCACCCCCGGGCCUCACACACUAGACGCACACAGACACUUUGUGUGUGUCUGUGAACGCAUGGUGUCAAAGUGGUGACCCGUAAUAUUCUGAGAGAAUUUUUAAUUUACAUUAAUUACUUAAUCUUUGAGCUGUGUGUGAUCUAUUUGUAAUUUUAGGAUGUUAUUGUAAAAAUAUUGAAUUUCUGGGAGCAUUAAGAAUUCUCGUAAUAAAGCAAUCUUGGAUCA